UAAAGAAGCAACCAGUUGCACGCUGGUCUCUCCGAAACAUCCCUGGCGAAUCGACAGCCGAGCGGAGCCGAACUCAUGUAUGAAAGAAAAUUAUACCACAGCGACCAGAACACGUCGGCUUCUCUCAGCAGCGCAACAACAUGCAUUUGAAAUAAAUACUACCAAGGAAGAAAAUACGGGAACACACGGGCACCGCGAGAAGAGCAUAGACAUUGGUUUUUCUCCCAUCUUGUUAAUCUUUCUGGUCUCGCUGCCCUUACUUUGCACCGAAGACGCGGUCAUGGUUGAGCUGGAGGAAGAGGUUCUGCCGCUACCGCCGCGGUACCGGUUCCGAGACCUGUUGCUUGGAGACUGGCAGGCAGAUGACAGGGUGCAGGUGGAGUUCUAUGUGAAUGAGAACACUUUCAAGGAGCGACUGAAGUUGUUUUUCAUCAAAAACCAAAGAUCCAGUCUGAGGGUGCGGCUGUUUAACUUCUCACUGAAACUCCUGAGCUGCCUCCUCUACAUGAUCAGAGUCCUACUGGACGACCCACGAGAGGGGAGAGGGGGAUGCUGGGGCUGUCCCAAGCAGAACUCCUCUGGCCAGCUUUGGAGCCAGUUUGACUGGUCCCUCAUUAUUUGGGUGAACAGGCCACUCCCUCUUUGGGUUUUGCAGGUGCUUGUGGCCUUCAUUAGCUUCUCAGAGACCAUGUUGCUGGUGUACCUUAGCUAUAAGGGUAACAUCUGGGAACAAGUGCUGCGGAUUCCUUUCAUUCUAGAGAUGAUCAGUGCUGUUCCAUUCGUCAUUACUGUGCCUGUUCCCUCCCUCAGAAACCUGUUCAUCCCGGUCUUUCUGAACUGCUGGCUGGCCAAGCACGCACUGGAGAACAUGAUUAACGACCUGCACCGAGCGAUCCAGCGGACUCACUCCGCCAUGUUCAACCAGGUUCUCAUUCUCAUCUGCACCCUGGUCUGCCUCAUGUUCACCUGUAUCUGUGGUAUACAGCACCUGGAGAGGGCGGGGAAUAACCUCACCCUCUUCGACUCUCUGUACUUCUGUGUGGUCACCUUCUCCACCGUCGGAUUCGGGGACGUCACCCCCCAGAUCUGGCCCUCCCAGCUGCUGGUGGUCAUCAUGAUCUGUGUGGCCCUCAUCGUGCUGCCCAUACAGUUUGAGCAGCUGGCCUUCCUGUGGAUGGAGAGGCAGAAGUCUGGAGGGAACUACAGCCGGUACCGGGCCCAGACGGAGAAGCACGUGGUUCUGUGCGUGAGCUCCCUGAAGAUCGACCUGCUCAUGGACUUCCUCAACGAGUUCUACGCCCACCCCAGACUGCAGGACUACUAUGUGGUGAUCCUGUGUCCAGCGGAGAUGGACAUUCAGGUCAGGAGGGUUCUGCACAUCCCCCUGUGGGCCCAAAGGGUCAUCUACCUGCAGGGCUCCGCCCUCAAGGACCAGGACCUGAUGAGGGCCAAGAUGGAUGAUGCGGAGGCCUGCUUUAUCCUCAGUAACCGGUUUGAACUGGACCGCAUUGCUGCUGACCACCAGACCAUCCUGAGAGCAUGGGCAGUGAAGGACUUCGCCCCAAACUGUCCCCUCUACGUCCAGAUCCUCAAACCCGAGAGCAAAUUUCACGUCAAAUUUGCAGAUCAUGUGGUAUGUGAGGAGGAGUUUAAGUACGCCAUGUUGGCCCUCAACUGUGUGUGUCCCGCCACCUCCACCCUCAUCACACUGCUGAUACACACCUCCAGAGGACAAACAGCUCCCCCAGAGGCCUUCAGACCAGGCUCAGCAGCCUUCCAGCCCCUGGGCAGAGAGGGAGGGGCCAGUUCUGCAGACCAAUGGCAGCGUACCUACAGGCGGUGCUCAGCCAAUGAGGUGCAUCACAUUCGGCUGGAGGAGAGCAAGUUUUUUGGGGAGUACCAGGGGAAGAGCUUCACCUUCGCCUCAUUCCACGCCCACAAGAAGUACGGGGUGUGUCUUAUCGGGGUGCGCAGGCUGGACACAGCCAACAUCCUGCUGAACCCGGGACCCUGCCACAUUAUGGGCGCCUCUGACACCUGCUUCUACAUCAACAUCUCCAAGGAGGAGAACUCCGCCUUCGUCAGGGGCCAGCAGGGGUCCCUGCGGGGCCCGGGCCGAGGGGCCGUGGGGGGCAUGCCCCAAACCAUCUACCACGGCCUGACCCGCCUGCCCGUCCACAGCAUCAUCGCCAGCAUGGGUACAGUGGCCAUGGACCUCCCAGACUCCAGCGACAGCAGCCCGGACAGCACAGGGGGUGGAGCCGGGGGCACUGUGGGCGUGGAGAAUGGGGGCGGGGCUGAGGCGAGGGGCGGGAACACUUUGGCCCUGCCGGUCAUGGCGGACUCCGCCAAAGAGAGGAGGAACAGCAUCGCCCCCGUGCUGGAGCUGGUGGACGGAGUCAACAGCCACACCUUCGACCUGCUGGCCGACCAAUCAGAGGACGAGGGGGGCGAGGACGGCGGGGAUACAGGCCACACUGACCACUUGUGGAGCGGACACUGCGAGUGGGUGAAGGGGUACCCCCUGAACUCUCCCUACAUCGGCAGCUCGCCCACCCUGUGCCACCUGCUGCAGGAGAAGCUGUCCUUCUGCUGCCUGCGUCUGGACAAGGCCUGCCACCAUGUCCCGUAUGAGGACGCGCGCUCCUACGGCUUUAAGAACAAGCUGAUCAUCGUGUCAGCGGAGAGUGCCGGGAACGGCCUCUACAACUUCAUCGUCCCGCUGCGGGCUUACUACCGGCCCAGGAAGGAGCUCAACCCCAUCGUGCUGCUUCUGGAGAGCCCACCUGAGGCCCACUUUCUGGAAGCGAUCAGCUGGUUCCCCAUGGUCUUCUACACAGUGGGGUCUAUUGACAACCUGGACAUCUUGCUGCGCUGUGGGGUCACGUCUGCCCACACCAUGGUGGUGGUGGACAAGGAGAGCUCCAUGAUUGCUGAGGAGGACUACAUGGCGGACGCCAAGACCAUCGUCAACGUGCAGACCCUUUACAGACUGUUUCCUGCUCUCAGCAUCAUUACAGAGCUGACCCAUCCCGCCAACAUGCGCUUCAUGCAGUUCAAGGUGAAGGACCACUACUCCCUCGCCCUGUCCAAACUGGAAAAGAAGGAGAGGGAGAAGGGCUCCAACCUGGUCUUCAUGUUCCGCCUGCCCUUCGCUGCAGGAAAGGUGUUCAGCGUCAGCAUGCUGGACACUCUGCUGUACCAGUCCUUUGUCAAGGACUACAUGAUCUCCAUCACUAGGCUGUUGCUGGGCCUGGACUCCACACCCGGGUCUGGAUUCCUCUGUACAAUGAAGAUCACAGAGGACGACCUUUGGAUCCGGACCUAUGGUAGGCUUUACCAGAAGCUGUGCUCCUCGACAGGAGACAUCCCCAUCGGCAUCUACCGCACCGAGUCCCGCAUGGUACCUGUGUCAGAGUCUCAGGUGUCCAUUAACGUUGAGGACUAUGAGGACACGCGUGAGACACGAGAGCCCCUCCUCUUUAGGGCGGGGCCUCAUCGUAACUCCACCUCCUCAGAGCCACCUUCCUCCUCCGAGCACCCCCUCCUGCGCCGAAAGAGCAUGCAGUGGGCGCGGCGCCUGAGCCGAAAGAGCGGGCGGGGCCCGGGCGGGGCCAAGGGCCCGGGGAGCGCCGCAGAGAGGAUCAGCCAGCAGAGGCUGACACUGUUCCGCCGCUCCGAGCGGCAGGAGCUCAACGCCCUGGUGCGCACGCGCAUGAAGCACCUGGGCCUGUCGCCCUCCGGAUACAAUGGAGUCACAGACCAGGGCAACACGCUGUCCUACAUCCUCAUCAACCCCUCCCCCGACACACGGCUGGAGCUGCAGGAUGUUGUGUACCUGGUGCGGCCCGACCCGCUGUCCCUGGUGUCUGGGGGCAGGGUCGACCAAAAGCCCAGCGGGGGCCUCCGGUUUGACACCCACCUGUGAGCACAGGAGUGGAAGGAGCGAAAGAAUCAGAGGAAGAAGAGGAAGGAGGGAGGAGGAAGGGCAGAAGGGAGAGGGGACUCUGGUUACUUAGACGCCUUUACACUCUACUGCAGAAAUUUAGUUUCCAAAGAGGGGGGGGCCUCUGCUGUAUGUGCU